GUGUUGUUAAUCUGUUGUAUGAUCCAGUUUCUCUGUUCUUUUGGACCCAGGUUCAGAUAUUAUAGCUGCGUGUUGCCGGCCGGCGCUGUAACGCGGGGACACGGUGACCAGAAUCAGAUUAGCAAUCCCCUUAAAGUAUUGACCACAAUGGAAGAAGAAGACCUAAAGACAGAACCACAGACAGAAAACAUGCUAGAGACUGAAAUGAUGGAGAAGAGUGCUGAAGACGUUUUAAAAGAGGAAGAGGAAGAUGAGGAGGCGCUGCCUCAUUCAGAAGUUUUGGACAUCUUUGAGGAAGGGCUGGCUAUGAUGGUGCAGGACCCUCUACUGUGUGAUCUGCCUAUACAGGUGACUCUGGAGGAGGUGAACUCUCAGGUGGCUCUGGAGUACGGGCAGGCCAUGACUGUUCGAGUGUGUAAAGCUGAUGGAGAGAUCAUGCCCAUCGUGGUGGUGCAGUCUGCUACAGUGCUGGAUCUGAAGAAGGCCAUUCAGCGCUACAUGGAGCUGAAGCAGCAGCGCGAAGGAGGCAUCAAACACAUCAGCUGGAAAUAUGUGUGGAGGACGUUUCACUUGGUAUUUAAUGGAGAAAGACUAGAGGAGGACAAAUGGAAACUGAAGGAUUAUGGGAUCAGGAACAGAGAUGAUGUGACUUUUAUGAAGAAGCUGCUGAAGAAGUGAGGAGUUAUCAAACAGAUCCUGCUCCUGGUGGAGUAAAGAUGGAGUAAAGAUGGAGUGAAGAAGGUGGCGUGCAGGAGAAUACAGGAAUAAUCAGACUGUUAUUCAGCCACUGAAGCCACAGACUUUUAAUAAUCCACCUGUUUCCUGGUGGAGUCGCUUACACUUCAUUUCCUUACUGAAGAUAAAACUCUACUGUUUCACUACAGACUGCACACAGCCUCAGCAUCCCUUUAGAUUCGAUUUAUCAUUUAUUAUCUGAUUAUUACUGUUAAUUAGAAUCAUACUAAUAGUAUAUAUAGCAUUCCUGAGUGGAGUCAUUUUUGGAUUAUUAUGGACUGAACUGCUGUUUUACGUCUUUGUUUGAAGCUUCUGAAGAGGUCAAGUAUGUUUAAAAAUCUCUUUUUAUUUGUAUUUAAAAAUAUUUUGUCUAUUUUUGUAUUGAUUCUAUUAAAACUGAUGCUCUAUUUAA